AUGGAUCACAACCCCCUGCCGCCUCGCCCCAAACAGUCCCUCCACAUCCCCCAAGACCAGCGAUACGUCUACAAUCCCAUCGCAGGAACCAAGUCCGUCCGCUUCCUCAUCCUACAGCCCGGCUCCGGCUCCGACCCCUUAGUCGGAAGCCUCCAGCUCGGGAGCCUCGACCCAGCAAAUGCCGCCGAGCUGGCCCCUUACGAAGCAAUCUCCUACGUCUGGGGCACGAGCGACCGGCUCUUCACGCUCCUCUGUGACGGCGCCGUCCUGCCUCUGACGCAGAGCAUCCGGGAUGCGCUGGUGAGGGUCCGGCUGCCGGACCGGGCGCGGCGGCUGUGGGCGGACCAGAUAUGCAUCAACCAGGACGACGUGGCGGAGCGCAGCCAGCAGGUGAAGCUCAUGAACGCCGUGUACAAGAACGCGAGCAAGGUGCUCGUGUGGCUGGGCAGGGAUGUCGAUGGCGUUGCGGCGGACGCGGUGCGGAUGGUGCAUCAUCUGGAUGGCGUGUUCAGGGACGAGGAGGCGCACGAGGCGUUCAAGAUUGCGCAUGAGGAGCAUCUGGCGAUGCAGAGCGCGGAGAGAUGGGUUCCUCUGGCGAAGCUGACCAAGUUGCCGUGGUUCCACCGGAUAUGGAUCGUCCAAGAGAUUGGCACCACGGCCCCGGCGACGCUCUACUGGGGCGACACGGAGAUGGACUGGGACACGCUCUCCUUCGUCGCGGGCAUCCUCAACGAGCGAUACCACCACCUGCGCACGCGCUUCUUCAUCGGCACCUCCAACAUCCGCUACCUGCACCAGCGCUUCGUCGAGCCCGCCGAGGCGUACGACCAGUUCCACAACAGGGGCAACUUCGCCUACGAGCUGCACCGCGCGCGGCACCUCCUCGCGCAGGACCCGCGCGACCACGUGUACGCCUUCCUGGGCCACUUCUCCCUGACCAAGGGCGGCGAGGAGCUGCGCGAGCUGGUGGCGGACUACUCCAAGAGCGUUGAGGAGGUCUACUUUGACGUGGCGGUGCGAGGGCUCAGGGGCGCGCACGACCUCCUCAUGCUGUCGGCGACGCACCACAGCCGGCCCAACAACAGGAGGCGCGCGCCGGGCAACGAGCGGGAGCUGGAUCUGCCGUCGUGGGUGCCCGACUGGCGGGACCUGCCGAUGCACAUCCUCGGGUCGCCGGCGGUGCCGCAUCGGGCGUCUGGGGACACGAGGCCCGAGUUGAGGAUCGAUGAGGAGGCGAGGGUGCUGCAUAUCCGGGGCAUCAGGGUCGAUGUCGUGGAGCGGCAUUCGUGGACGAUUUACGGGACGGCGUUUCAGGUCCGGCAGGACGAUCAGGGGCCCAAGAGGAACCCCCGGACACACCCCAUGGAAGUCCUCUGGAAGCAAAUCUGCGGCUUCCAGACGUUCACCCUCAAAUCCGCCUUCUUCGCCCUCAUCCAGACCCUCACCAACGCCUGCACAGGCAUGGACCGCUCGCGGCCCUACUCGUCCGUCUCCCCCAACGAAUGGCUCGCCAGCGGAGCAGCCUACCUCACCUCCGUCUCCCCCGCCAUUCACGCCCUCUCCCUCACGGGCGACCCCUUCAAAUGGAGCCACGAAGCGACCCUCAUCACGCGCUACCGCCGCUUUGCGAUCACGCGCGGAGGAUACUUUGUGCUUGGGCCGGAUGCCUUGCAGGAGGGCGACGUGGUGGUCAUUCUGCGCGGAGGCAAGACGCCGUUCUUGCUGCGUGAGGUGUCGCGCGGCUCGGAUGAUGAUGAUGAUGCUGCUCCGGCUGGUGGUGGUGGUGGGAGCUGGGUUCUUGUGGGAGAGUGUUAUGUGCAUGGGCUUAUGGAUGGGGAGGGAUGGGUUGGGGAGGAGGAUGGCGGGAGGGAGGAGGUGUUUUCGAUACGGUAG